CUCCGAGGCUAAGAUCCGAGGCAUCAGAAGUGGACACUCUUCCUCCAUACAACACCUAACUCUUGAACAUGGGACAGUUCACCCUAUCAUUCCAUCAAUAAGCUCUAUUCAGUACGAUGAACGAAUCUUAUGAACCGAUUGCAUCCACCUAAGAACUUGGACGAACCCAUCUAUCCCUUGAUAGUCAACAGAGCCUCAUAAGCUCUCGGGUCUCAUGGGCCCGACACCAUAGCAUCCAUAAAACAAGCUGCGGCGUACUCGCGCUGGGGGGCGACGACGACGAACCCAAACGGCCAGGAAUUCGUCCCUCUGAAAAAUGGCGGCCCAGUCGACGCUACGCCAUUCCGCGGCGGAGGAGGCCAUUGCCGCCUUCAUCGACAAGUACUCCAACUUGGUUCGGACAAAGCUGCGCAACACGUCCCGUACCACUCGUCUGCUGGCGACCCUUUCUCUCGCCAUUUCCAUCAUCGCCGGAGCGGCUGGGGGGAGACGUUGGUGGAAGAAGAGGAGGGAGGAGAGGGAACAGGGUCGUAAACUCGUCCGCACCAACUCCUCGCUCUUCAACAAGGACGGCUCGCGCACCAUCUACGUUCCCUACAAAGAUGGAACCUCCAAGGUCGUCAUUCAAAACACCAAGCCGAUGACGUUUGAUGCCCACCGCCGACUCUUCCUGAACCCGCCGCGGGUUUCUGGCCUCGGCGACGGGACGGUGCCUUCUGCUCAGACCAAGCCUGGUCUGAACUUGGCCUUCCUUCACCAGUUCCUGAGCCUCAUGAGCAUCAUGAUUCCGAGGUGGUCGAGUAAAGAGGCCGGUCUUCUCCUCAGCCACGGCAUGUUCCUCUUGCUUCGGACGUACCUGUCGCUAGUGGUCGCCCGUCUCGACGGCGAGAUUGUGCGGGACCUGGUGGCAGGCCAGGGGAAGAAUUUCAUCUGGGGGCUCAUCAAGUGGUGCGGUCUCGGCGGAUUCGCCUCGUACACAAACGCCAUGAUCAAAUUCCUCGAGUCCAAAGUCUCCAUCGCCUUCCGGACUCGUCUUACCCGCUAUAUCCACGACCUGUACUUGAACGACAAUCUGAAUUACUACAAGCUGAGCAACCUAGACGGUGGUGUGGGGCAAGGAGCCGACCAAUUCAUCACCCAGGACCUGACGCUCUUCUGCGCCGCCGCCGCGAAUCUGUACUCGUCCCUGGGCAAGCCGUUCGUCGAUCUCUGCGUGUUCAACUACCAGCUCUACCGCUCGCUAGGUCCGCUCGCCUUCAUGGGCCUGACGAGCAAUUACUUCCUGACAGCCAGCAUCCUUCGCCGGCUCUCCCCUCCGUUUGGGAAACUCAAGGCCGUCGAGGGCCGUAAGGAGGGAGACUUCCGGAGCCUACACGCCCGUCUGAUUGCCAAUGCCGAGGAGGUGGCGUUCUACGGCGGUGCCGAUAUGGAGAAGCAAUUCCUCAACAAGGAGUUCAAGUCGCUUAAAAGCUGGAUGGAAGGCAUCUACAUGCUGAAGAUUCGGUACAACAUGCUGGAGGACUUUGUCCUCAAGUACAGCUGGAGCGCCUACGGCUACCUGCUCUCGUCGCUACCCGUCUUCCUCCCCGCCUGGGGCGGGCAGGGCGGGCAGCAAGAAAUGGCGCAGAGGUCCGGAAAGGGAGGACGCGAGAGGGGUCGGAUGAAGUCGUUCAUCACCAACAAGCGGCUCAUGCUGUCGCUUGCGGACGCCGGCGGCAGGAUGAUGUACUCGAUCAAGGACCUUUCCGAGCUCGCAGGGUACACCAGCCGGGUAUAUACCCUUAUUUCGACCCUCCACCGAGUCCAUGCCAACGCCUACCACCUCCGCGGGCAGCAGAGCGAACUGUAUUCUCUGUCCGACGUGCAGGGAACGAUCCAGAAGGGCUUCGACGGUGUCAGGUUCGAGAACGUCCCUGUCGUGGCGCCGUCUCUGUGGCCUCAGGGAGGAGAAGAACUCCUCGAGUCGCUGUCCAUGGUGAUCCGGAGGGGAGAGCAUCUCUUGAUCUCUGGAAGCAACGGCGUUGGCAAGAGCGCGAUAGCGCGGAUCCUGGCCGGGCUGUGGCCGGUGUACCGUGGCCUCGUCAGCCGACCCAAAGAUAUCGGGCAGGACGGGAUCAUGUUCCUGCCCCAGCGACCGUAUCUCAGCAUCGGAACGCUCCGGGACCAGGUCAUCUACCCGGACGGGCACGGCGACAUGCGGGAGAAGCGCAAGACGGAGGACGACCUGAAGCGGAUCCUGGAGGAGGCGCGGCUGGGAUACCUGCCGGACCGCGAGGGUGGCUGGGAUACCCGCAAGGAGUGGAAGGACGUGCUCAGCGGCGGCGAGAAGCAGAGGAUGGGGUUCGCGAGGGUGCUGUACCACGAGCCGCACUAUGCCAUCAUCGACGAGGGCACCAGCGCCGUGUCGAGCGACGUCGAGGGUCACCUGUACGAGACGUGCAAGGAGAAGGGCAUUACCUUGAUCACCAUCUCGACCCGGGCAUCCCUCAAGCGGUACCACACGUUCAACCUCAUCCUGGGCGGGGGCGAGAACGGAGAUGAGUGGGAGUUUGAGAGGAUCGGCACAGAGCGGGAGAAGCUGCAGGUGGAAAAGGAGCUGCAGGAUCUCCGUGAGAGGCUGGCACAGGUCGAGACGUGGAAGGCCAGGAAGGACGAGAUCGAGAGGGAGCUGGCGCAGGUUUGGGUCGACGGCGGUGAUUCGUUGAAUCCGCCUCCCUAUGUCGAGAGCAAGGAGGACAAGGGGGAAGAGGUUGAGGAGAAAGGCAAGGACGUGGUGACGAUGGGAGAAGAAACCCAGCAGGUCCAGGCAGAGGAGGUUGAUACGAAGGAGGAAUAAGGGAUUUCCUUUUCCAUUUCGAAGCCAUUCACAUAUAUAUAUAUGUCUUGACGAGAUAGCGGCUAUUCCCCCAUAACAUGGACAUUUUUGUUAGAUCGCUUGGUUUUGCUUGCAACACAAUACAACCUCGUCAAUAUCAACGAACAGCUGGGGGGAGGCC